AUGGAUCUAAUAGUCUUUCUAGUUCUUAGUUUGUGCAUCACAAGUUGCAAAAUUGAUGCCAGAAACAAUAUUUUACUGGAUGGAGAAAAUCAUUUUACUCGAUCUGAUAGCCUCAUGAAAAUUCAACAUCAACUGGACAAUGAUUUUGACUGUGUUGAUCUCUACAAGCAACCUUCUCUACAAAAUCCUGUACUAAAAAAUCACAAAAUCCAGCUUUAUCCAACCUUUGCAAAUAACAUCAUGCAAAGUAAAUUAUCUAAUAGGAAAAUUGUGGAGGGAUGUUCGGUGGGAAAAGUGCCUAUUUACACCAGAAGAAAAAUACAACAAAAUAUUACUAACUCAUCAUCAAGAUUAGAAACAGAUGAUUUUCAGCAGUAUUCAAAAGAUUCUCCUGGAUAUCAUACCGUUACUCUAGAUACAACCCGAAACGUGAUAUUUCAUGGAGCAUCAGCAGGCAUAGGCGCGUAUAAUCUGUCACUUCAAGCAAAACAAUACAGCAUAUCUUCAAUAUGGCUAGAAAGUGGACCCCCAAAUGAACUUAAUAGCAUAAAAGUCGGACUUGGAGUUCAUCCAAGUUUAUAUGGAGAUAGUCAACUGCGAUUAACUGGUCAUUGGACGGCUGAUAAUUACGGAAAAACUGGAUGUUAUAAUAUUGUUUGUCCGGGUUUUGUGCAAGUUAACCGUGAUAAAGAUUAUGCUAUUGGUUCUGUUUCGCAUCCUACUAGUGCGAUUGGAUCAACAACAAAAUAUAUUGGUUAUAUCAAAAUCAAGCAGGAUCGAAUUACAGGUCAUUGGUGGUUAAUUAUUCAAACUACAAAACCAAUAUAUGUUGGAUAUUGGCCAAAAGAAUUAUUCACUCAUUUAAGCAAAGGAGCCUCUUUAAUAAGAUUUGGAGGUCAAACUUAUGCUCCGCCUAAUGAGGAUAGUCCUCCCAUGGGUAGUGGGAGAUUGCCGAGAGAAAAAUUCAUAAACUCAGGUUUCAUGGUAUUACUAAAGAUUUUUGAUUCAGAAUAUAAUGAAAUUGACAUAAAACCUGAAGAUAUGAAGCGAUAUACCGAUGCUAAUUCAAAUUGUUAUGACUUGUGGUACCAUGGUUUUGAAGGAUAUCAGUAUAGGCAAGCUUUUCUUUAUGGAGGUCCAGGCGGACGAAAUUGUGAUAUAUGA